GUGAGUUUAUGUUUCAUAUUUAGGAUGAAUGUAAACGUGACGCUCUCGGAGCGCAGCCUGGCCGGCUUUGGCGCGCUGGCGCAGCGGCUGUUUGGGAACAAAUCCUUGAUAUCUGUUGGGAAUGACACCGGCGCUCCAGGAGCGGGGGAGGAGGACUUGGAGGUGAACACCGACAUCUACUCUAAGGUGAUAGUCACCGUCAUCUACGUAGCUCUGUUCGUCGUGGGCUCUCUGGGGAACUCCAUCACUCUCUACACCCUGCUGAGCAAAAAGACCCUGCAGAACCUGCAGAGCACCGUGCACUACCACCUGGCCAGCCUGGCCGUGUCGGACCUGCUCAUCCUCGUCCUCUCCAUGCCCAUCGAGCUCUACAACUUCAUCUGGUUCCACUACCCGUGGGUGUUCGGGGACGCGGUGUGCAGAGGUUACUACUUCCUCCGGGACAGCUGCUCCUACGCCACAGCGCUGAACAUCGCCAGCCUGAGCGUGGAGCGCUACAUGGCCAUCUGCCACCCGUUCAAAGCCAAGAGCAUCAUGUCCCGCAGCCGCACCAAGAAGCUCAUCAGCGCCAUGUGGAUCGCGUCCUUUGCGCUCGCGAUUCCGAUGCUCUUCAUCAUGGGCCAAACCACGCGCAGCGGGGAGAAGAUCUGCACCACCAUCGUCUCUCCUGUCACCCUGAAGACCGUGUUACAG